AUGGACGACGACGACGAAUACGGUGCUGAUGCAGACUUGCUAGCAGCUCUCGCUGAAUCCGCAGGCGUUGCUCCUCCACGCAUUCAGCAGCCCGCUCCACAGCGUAUUCAACAGCCUACCCCUCAGCGCCUCGACCGCGCCCCUCCCACGAACAACGCGCCAAGUGGCCCCAAAGUCGUUCAGCCAACUCCUCAAGCCAUUGCUUCGCGAUCUACAGGCUCUUCAAUACUGGUAUCGCUGCGUCAAAAGGGCAAUCCCAUCCUCACGAAUCUACGGUCGUUUGCGUGGGAAUAUUCAGACAUCCCCGCAGACUAUGUCCUCGGAACCACAACAUGCGCGCUCUUCCUUUCUCUCAAAUACCAUCGUUUGCACCCCGAAUACAUCUACAAUCGUAUAAAGAACCUUCAGGGGAAAUACAAUCUGCGGGUCCUGCUUACGAUGGUGGAUAUUGGCAAUCAUGAAGAUAGUCUGAGGGAGUUAUCGAAGACGAGUCUGGUCAAUAAUGUUACGGUCAUAUUAUGUUGGAGUGCUGCAGAGGCAGCUAGGUACUUGGAAUUAUACAAAAGCUACGAGCAUGCAAAUGCGGGAGCGAUCAAGGGGACAGAAAGCAAAGGCUAUGCCGAGAAGAUGGUUGAGUUCAUGACUGUUCCGCGAAAUAUCAACAAGACGGAUGCUGUGUCUCUAGUCAGUGCAUUUGGCAGUGUCAGGGCAGCAGUCAAUGCUCGACCAGAGGAAAUAGCCGUUGUUGCUGGAUGGGGUGAGAAGAAGGUCAAGAGGUGGUGUAGCGUUGUUGAUGAACCCUUCAGGGUCCGGAAAGCUGCUAAGAGGGGACUGGUCAGGAAAGAGACAACCCAGGAUGGGGAAGGGGUCUUAGAUCGAGCUCUUCCGCUAAGUAUGGUUCCACUGAGAGAGGUGCGUACUGUCAGCGAUGAGCAGCUAUCGAAGGGGCCAGAGAACGUCGCAGAGCCUGUUAAGGAACAGUUUCAGAUUUGGGAUCCAGAUGACGAUGACGAAGAAGCCUUGGCUGUCGCUGCUGCUGAGGAAGAAUCACGUUCGAGAACAGAAAAGAGACUGGAACAGGCUAGGAAAGACGAUGAAUUGAGUGGCGGAGUUGCCGCUGCACUUGCCAAACUUCGAGAAAAGGAUUGA